UUUCAUGCAAUUGAUGUUGUCAUGUGGUCGUUACGUGUUCUGUUUUUUUUUUCGGGAUUUCUACCUCUUUCUGCUGCCAUUGUUUGUCAAGUUCGUGCUCGUGUUUCUGGUUCAUACCUUGUGUUAGUCGUUGAACUUUGUAUAUUCUCUAUCGUUGAUGAAAAUGCGCAAACUUGGGGUGAUGGGUGUCCGCACAAACUUCUUAAUUUAGGAUCUGUUGCCGCAGUUUCGCUAAACUGUGACUGGGUCCGUGAUAUUGGUUCUUCAUGUUUUUGAUGAUGGCUGUAUGUGUUUGUGUAUCAUCACAUGACAGUUCAUUUUAUGUUGUCUACUUGCUCAGUGGUGUGUACUGUUGUUUGUUGCCUGCACGGAUCAAAUGAGAAAAUAUUAAGGCUUGGUACUCUGCUUGGGGUACAGAAUAUAGUGAGCGAAGAUGAGUCGAGCAAGUGCAGCAGGACCCAAGGGAAAGAAGAAAGGGGUGACCUUUAUGAUCGACUGUGCGAAACCCGUGGAGGACAAGAUCAUGGACAUUGCGUCGUUUGAAAAGUUUUUGCAGGAGAGGAUCAAGGUUGACGGAAAGGCCGGUGCCCUUGGUGACGUUGUUACUGUCACACGGGACAAAACCAAGAUUACCGUCACUUCCGAAAGUAGUUUCUCUAAACGUUAUCUGAAGUAUUUGACAAAGAAGUACUUGAAGAAACACAAUGUUCGAGAUUGGCUGCGGGUGAUUGCAUCAAACAAGGACCGAAAUGUCUAUGACGUCAGAUACUUCAAUAUUGCUGAGAAUGAAGGGGACGAAGAAGAGUGAACUUUUAGGCUGUUUAGCUUAUCAAAGGAGUGCUUGUUGAUUUUCUUGUGCCUUCUAAGUUGAUAGUAUUGGGAUGUUGCAUUCUGCUCUUUUAUUUGCUUGAGGGGAGAAAUUUUGUGAUGUAGAUGUUAUUAGAAAGGGUCGAUAAUGGAAGCUGCGGAAAUCUUGUGCCGGCUGUAAUUAUAUGUUUGCUCUUUUUCUCUUAAGUUGCCGAGUCCCUCAUGCUUUGGGGACAUUUUGGUCAGUUCUUUUAAGCCUGCAUCUCAGUGGAGGGACGAUUGUUAGUUGUCAAAAAUUAGUUGUCAUGUCAUAAUUAUCUAGAUUACCUGAUGCUUGAAUUCAA